GGUGGCCGGUCACGAUCGCGGCCGCAGUGCGUGCGCCACCACUUCACACCGGUCGGAUCAGUUUUAGCUCGGUCUGCGCCCGCGCAUGCAUCCGCCGCGUCGCCGUCGCGCCUGCCGAUAUUUCCAACGCCGGCGCACCACCGAGUGCCAUUACACUUUAUUUCUGACAAUUGAGACCGAUUCCAAUAAGUAUUUUCAACAUCAUCUCAUUGGAAUACAGUAGCGAGUGGUGAAUCGCACUAUGUUUGUGUGACAGCUAUACUUUUGUGCGCCGUCUGCUUCGCGAUGUUUUUUUCGCGUUGCAACUUUUGCAUCGUGUGUAAGUGAAGUAAAGCUUGUGAUACAGUUCUGUACGCGUGAAGUCGCCUUUGCGAUACUACGGAGCGCAGCGCUCGGCCGCUCAGGCGAUCGCUCCUCGAGAUUGUUGUGGGAUAACAUUCAUAUUAAAAGACUGGUAAGGGAGGCGGGCGCGGGCGGUGCGGGCCGCGCGAGGCGCGCGCGCAGCAUGCGCGGCGUCACGUGACGCGGAUGGCGUCCGACGCGCGGCCGCGCUCGCCGCCAGAUGGCGCGCGAAGGAGACGCGACUUCAACAGGUUCCCUGUCGCCGUACGUGACGCUGGGCGCGGUGCGGUACGCAGUGCGCCGCGCGCCGCCGCCGCGCGCCUGCCCGUGCCGCUGCUGCUCCGAGGAGGCGGUGGCGGCGUGCCUCGGCCGCGCCAAGCCCGACCGCCGCACGCUGGAGCGCCUGCAGCGCCGCCUCGGCCGCGGCGCCCGCGACGAGCGGCCCUCGCGCCACCAGCGCCUGCAGGCCCUCACCGAGCGCCUCAUGCCGCGCGCGCAGCCGCCGCCCCCGCCGCCCCCGCCGCCGCCGCCGCCGCCGCACUCCGCGCCGGUGCUGCCGCCCGUGCCGCCGCCGCGGGCACGCCACCGCCACAGCCCCACACGCGGUGUCUCCGUCGACCGCUAUGACGAUUUUGACGCCGAUAAUAUCACUCUGGUCCGCGUAGAACCUAGAUCGAUCGUCGGCUCCUAUGCCCAAAAGACUAUACCCUAUCGCAGUGCGUCGUUCUCGCAAGGUGACUUUGCUCAGGACAAAUAUUAUCGUGGUGGGGCGGUUCGUCAACAUUCAAUUUUUGACUUUGGAAAGCGUUCGGCAAAAACGGAAAACGUCAGUGCCGGAGCCGCAUCGCAUCGUGAUGUCGAGUCUUCGAGUUUAGCUACUGAUGAAAACGCAACCGAGGGUGGUUCGGUUGCAUCGGUCGAUUCGGCUGUGGGCUCUGAUGAGGGCUUGUUGGCUCAUGCAUCACCUGCCGCACGAUCUCCGCCACCAGAUACUCCACACAAGCAACUCGGUUCUCGGUCAUUGACACAUCCCCUCCCUCGUCGUAUUCCUCCUGUCAGAGAAGAAGGAGCGACAGAUGCUGGUGGUAGUUUACCAGCGUUGAUGGCUCCGCGAGUAUUACACGAACUUCGAGAGGAAAGUGAUGGUUCGCAAGCAGACAGUGCUCAAGCGCAUAGUGAAGGAACUUCACCGCUAGAUCCCGCCCAACCUUUUGCUUUUCCUCCACUCCCUGCUCCUCCUUCUAACGCGUGUGCUAAUUUAGACUGUGAAUGUGCUAACUUUCCAACAAAUAGUGACGAUUCCGUGAGUGCAGUGGAAAGUUCUAUUCCCGUGCCUGUGUACGAGUGUAUAGUGAAACAGUGGUCGAAAGAGUUACCGCCGGAAGAACCACAGCGUUCGGAUCAUGCAUCAGAUGGUUCGUUAGAUAGAGACAAAGAAGAUGAAACUAUUACGAGCGAGCAAGUUGCAAACUUAUUAGCCGCUGUACAAAAUCCUUGCACGCCGGCGCCUAUUGGAGCAAGAGAGCGACGGCGACCGUUUGACAAAAUCAAAAGAAGAAAAGGCAUAUAUAUAACUACUGCUAGUGAUGAUGGAGGAGAGGAAGAUAUCUCCACCUCCAUAAAUGGAUGUAAACGCGAGAAUAGUGACGCAUCUCUUCAAGAGAUGCGUUUAUCAACUGAGACUAGAACAUCGUCAUUACUGGGUGAUAAGUCUGAUGAUUCAUGUACAAAUGGACCUCCGAGUCCAUCGGACGUUCCUACUCUUAUGUGGCCGAGAUCUGAAGAAUUAAGGGCAAGACGAGCGAGAUUCUCACAACAAAGUUCUGACGAAAGAGAUGAUGAUUCAUAUAAAACAAGACGUAAAUAUGGAGUAAUAUCACGAGGAGACUCGCCUUCCGAAGCUGAGAGCGACUCAUGUUCACGAGAUCGGACAGCAUCCCCCUCUCCGUUCAGUCCCUCGGACACAUCCGAUGUAGAAGUGAAAAGACAACAGUAUUCAGCAAGUAGAGGACCAUUCGGAAAGAAUUUAGAGGCACCUAAUCGUUCAACGGAAACCGGGAGGAGAAGCUUUUCCGACGCCACAGUGCCUAGUCGAAAAACAAGUGCCGGAGCCGCGAUACCUGUAAGCACGAGACCACGAGGGCCUACACACGUGCGAGCUACCUCGUCCCCAUCCAAGCUGGUCGGUGUGAAGCCAGGCGCCGACCUGCUGGCUGAACUACUACGGGGAAGUUCAGAGGCACUCUCCAAUUCCACAGCUUUUGAUAACGUUGUGAUAACUCUCCAUCAACAUAACGAUACGCGGACCCACGUGGUGGUGGAACUGUACGAGACAGAGAAGUCGUACGUGGAGGCGCUGGAGAUACUUGUCAAGAAAUAUCUCCAGCCGCUGAAGAGUCCAGAGAAUGCGGGCCUGCUGGACGCGUUCCUGGUGGACGAGAUCUUCUUCCAGGUGCCCGCCAUCCUGAACGUGCAUCAAGUGUUCCUGGAGCAGCUGCGAUGUCGCCUCGAGCAGUGGGAUCUGCAGCAGAAAGUUGGCGACGUGUUUAUAGAAGUGUUCACAAAACCCACCGUAAUGGAGACGUACAUGUCGUUCAUAAGCAACCUGAAGAAGGCGAAGGAGACCAUCAAGUCAGCGGCGGCGUCGCGGCCCGCCUUCGCGCGCUUCCUGGAGGCGAUGGCGCGGGACCACAAAGGCAAACUGGCCCUCGACAACUUGCUCAUCAAGCCCGUACAGAAGUUCCCCAGUUACAAACUACUCAUACAGAGGCUCGUCAAACAUACAGACCAAUCACAUCCUGACCAUAAAUUCCUAUUGGAGGCUCAGAAAGAGAUCCUGGAAUUACUAGAAUUAAUAAACUGCACAGAGAGAGAAAGCUUAGAACUAGAACAGCAACAACAAACACUCAGGGAGCUGGAACAAGUGAUCGAGGGCCUGUCGAACCUGGCAUCAGCAGACAGAACCUUCUUGCGCCACGAGGCAGUCACCAUACCGUCUGCGCAGGGCACAAUCAAGGAUAGAGCUUUGUUUCUAUUCAAUGAUACGCUGCUAAUAACAAGUGUUAAGCGGAGAACUGGCACAAUAAAAAAACCCAUUCCAACGUACCAAACUAAUAUAGCAAGUCAAAUGGAAGGUAACAAAUAUAAACUAUUGAUGAGAAUAUCGCUGGCCGACCUCGAAAUAGUGAAAGACGUGGGAGCGGAGCAGUGUUCCCGUAGUUGUAAGUGCGGCGGGUGCGUUGCAGCGAAGGAGGAGAGCGCGCGGCGGCUGGUGGCGGAGGCGGAGGCGGAGGCGCUGCGCGCGGACGUGGCGACGCUGUCGCGCGUGGCGCAGGCGGCGGCGGCGCUGCGCGCGGCGGCGGCGCGCGCGGCGCUCGAGGCGCUGCUGCGCGACCAGCUGGCCGCGCUCGCGCAGCAGCUGGCCGCGCACGCCGCCGCGCACGCGCACCUCGCCUGCCUGCGCCUCGCGCUGCACACCGCUAAUGGACCAGAAAACUUAACGAUAAUAUUCUCGACGCCCGAGAAAAGAAGCAGCUGGGAGGAAUUAAUAAAUGAAACCAAACAAAAAUUAUGCAUAUACGGACAAGAGAGGCCCGCCCCCGAGUUUCUGUCGCCGGUUCCGAUCCGCAAGACGCGGGCAGGCCUGCAGUUCACCUGCGCCGCCCCCACGCUACCUCCUAAGGGGCAAUCGCCUGAUGUUUGGGUGUGCAACAGCGACGGGUACGUGGGGCAGGUGUGCGUGCUGACGCUGGCGGGGCGGCCGCAGGUGUCGUCGUGCAACGGCGUCUGCAACGCGCGCAUCCUCUGCGUGGCCUGCGUGCCCGCCGCGCCCCCCGCCGCCUCCACCGCCUCCACCGCCGCCGCCGCCGCCGCCGCCGCCGCCGCCGCCGCCGUCGCCGCGUCCGCCGCGGACUCGCCGCAGCUCUUGACGAGUACGAGCUCGCUGAACAGCAUCAGUUCAGUGAAGCCCGGCAUUAGUAUAUCGGACCCUGACGAUAGCUGUAAGAAUAUUCGACUCGACAGCUCAUCAUCAAGUGAUGAUGACGACGACGGCUCCUCAACUAGUGAGAACCAAGACGCCCAGUCGGAGCGAAGUCAGGAGUGCUCGAGACUGCACUCCAGUUUUACAGCGAGCGUCGGUUCCGGGGGCGCAGCGAAUACGGCUGCAGUCGCAGCGGCAGGAGCGGCAGCGGGCGCGGCAGCGGGCGCGGCAGCGGGCGCGGCGGCGGGCGGCGGGCGGGGGCUGGUGCCCGCGCACAGCAAGAGCCUCAGCUCCCCGCACACGGGGCACAAUAUACAAGUGCAUCCUGUCAUGAAGUCCAGUUCUAAUCCAGCUGUGGAUAAGCAAGCCAUGGGUAUUACUUCGGUAUCCGGCCGAGCACUAGGUACAUUGUCAUCACCGGCGAGCCGGCAAUCGUCAGAGGACAGCGGCACGUCUGCAAACCAGCCGACCAUGUGGCUGGGCACCGAGGACGGCUGCAUCCACGUCUAUAACUGUCUGGACAACAUCCGCAUCAAGAAGAACAAGAUCAAGUUACAGCACAACUCUGGCGUGCAUUCCAUCGUAUACAUGGAGGGCAAAGUGUUCGUUGCUCUGGGCAAUGGAGAUCUCGUCGUAUAUAGCAGAGAUAUCGAGGGCGCGUGGGCGGAGCGCGCGCGCGUGGCGCUGGGCGGCGGCGCGGCGGCCGGCAUGCUGCGCUGGGCGGGCCGCCUGUGGUGCGCCGCGCACGCCUGCAUCAAGAUCGUCGACCCGCACACGCUGCAGGUGGACGAAACAUUCCAAAUAAGUUGCGAGUCGAAGCCGAUCAGCCACAUGGCGGUCUCCGGUGGCGCCAUCUGGCUGUCGCUGCACAACGCGGCGGUGCUGCGCUGCUACAGCGCCGCGAGCCGCGAGAUGCUCGCCGAGAUCAACAUCACCCCCCACGUCACCAAGAUGCUGCACGGCUGCGACGACAUCAUCCGGCAGCACAAGGCGGCGUGCCUGCGCGUGACGGCGCUGCUGGCGCACGGCGCGGCGCUGUGGGUGGGCACGAGCGCCGGCGUGCUGCUCACCGCGCCGCUGCGGCACUCGCCCGACCCCCGCACGGGCGCCUUCACCGUGCCCGCGCUCACCGGAAUUCCUUACGGACACACAGGGCAUGUUAGAUUUCUGACUAUAGUCGAAAAUCCAGUUCCUCCUAAGCAGCCUGCACAGAAAUCGACGCAGCCGUCACUCAAGACGAAAGCUCUAAGUCGCCGGUCUGCCAACGCCGAGAAAUUGCAGAAGCAAGUGGAAUCUAACCAGAACAAUAAGGAAACCCUCAUCAUCUCCGGCGGAGACGGCUACGAGGACUUUAGAAGUUCGACGAACACGGAGGACGCAGGCAGGGAGGAUUCUACGAAUCAUUUGCUUCUGUGGAGAGUGUGAAGCGGCCUGCAAGCCUACAGGGUUCUAACUUAGGAAGCUUUCGACCGGGGGGCCUCUCGGAGGCCUGCUCUGGACGUCGUGCGACAGGCCGCGCUGGUGGCGCCGCGCCGCGACGGAAGCGUCAAGUUAUUUUUAAAUGUUAUCCUUGAAUGUGAAUGUUAGUAUUAUUCCAACUUUCAUUUUUACAUAAACGUUGAUGUAUGCUGAUGGUUAAAAUUAUAAUAAAAUUAUGUGUUUCCCGCUUGUGAGCGUGAUUGAGAUUAUUAACUGUUAGUUAGGGCAUGAAAUGUCAAAUAUCACCGUACAUUUAUAAAUUAUAUCGAAAAUUUUGAGAUUUAUUUUAACAUAGUACAGUAUUAUUGAAAGUAAAUAGUUAAUUAAUGGCCGCGCAAGUCACGGCCACUCAUGUAUCGGGUAUAUUUUUUACGACGUUGUGGACCUCUUUUUGAACAAUUUACCAUGUGAAUCAUAUCAAGUAAAUGCUGUAUAUGUAGUAAACUGUAUAUUGAACUAAGUAUUAAAAUAUUGUGUGCCUAAAAUAAAUUUCAUCAUCAGUCAUUGACAAAUUUACUAUAAUAAAAUGUUUUGGCAAUCAUCUACGAGUCACAAUAUAUUCAUAUUUGCAUCUGUACUCGUAUUGAGGGACAUUGUCAAAUAUUGAAUGUACAAUUAAUCUACAUUGCAUAUAACUAGAUACUGUAAAUGUCAAUAUUGUGAAACAUAUUGCCGGUAGAUAAAUACAAUUAAUUACCUAAUUAGAAAAUGUUCCGAUCUGUUUAGUCUUGUAUUAGUGUUGAGAGGCGCGCUCCCUGGUGGAAGAGAAAUUUGAAACUAAAAUGUGUGAUUGCUCAAAAUCUGAACAAUGUUACCUGUAUUCCCAUACUGUAAGAGCAACAAAUUUUUAAAUAGUGAGUAUAUUAUACUGUGGAUGAUGUAUCCUAUAUUUAUAUCAGUCGAGAAAUAAAAGGACGUCGCACUAA